GGCGGCGGAGCCGGACCAGCCCAAGAGCCGCGGCCGGGAGCGGGCGGCGGGCGGCGGGGGGCCCCAGGCCGCAGGGCCGGCGCGACGGUAGAGGCCGGCGCUGCGCCGCGCGGACCAGCAGCAGGCAUGAUGAGCACCAAGGCCUUUACGUUGGUCUCUGCCGUUGAACCGGAGCUGCUGAUGGGUGACAAAGAGCGAGUCAGCAUAGAGUGUGUGGAGUGCUGUGGCAAGAACCUCUAUGUGGGAACCAGCGACGGCUUCAUCUACCACUUCCUGCUGGAGGAGAGGACCCUGCCCGCAGGGACAGCCACAUUCACUGCCACGAAGCAGCUGCACAAACACCUGGGUUUCAAGAAGCCAGUGAGUGAGCUGCGAGCGGCAUCGGCCCUCAACAGGCUGUUGGUGCUCUGUGACAACUCCAUAACUCUGGUCAACAUGCUGAGCCUGGAGCCUGUCCCCUCAGGGGCCCGCAUCAAAGGGGCCUUGGCGUUGGCCUUGAAUGAGAACCCCGUGAGUGCGGACCCGUUCUGUGUGGAGGUCUGCAUCAUCUCUGUCAAACGCAGAACCAUCCAGGUGUUCAUGGUGUACGAGGACCGGGUUCAGAUUGUCAGGGAAGUGUCCACGCCGGAGCAGCCCCUGGCCGUGGCCGUGGACGGCCACUUCCUGUGCCUGGCUCUGACCACCCAGUACAUCAUCCUGAACUACAACACGGGCGCCUCCCAGGACCUCUUUCCUUACUGCAGUGAGGAGAAGCACCCCAUCGUCAAGAGGAUAGGGAGACAGGAGUUCCUCCUGGCGGGCCCGGGAGGACUGGGCAUGUUCGCCACAGUGGCUGGGAUUUCUCAGCGAGCUCCUGUGCACUGGUCAGAGAACGUGCUCGGGGCGGCCGUCUGCUUCCCGUACGUCAUAGCGCUCGAUCAGGAAUUCAUCACAGUUCACAGCAUGUUGGAUCAGCAGCAGAAGCAGACCCUGCCCUUUAAAGAAGGACACAUUCUACAGGAUUUUGAAGGAAGAGUGAUUGUCGCCACAAGUAAAGGAGUUUACAUCUUGGUUCCAUUACCUCUGGAAAAACAAAUACAGGAUCUUCUAGCAAGCCGUAGAGUGGAGGAGGCUUUGGUUUUAGCAAAAGGAGCCCGGAGGAACAUUCCGAAGGAAAAAUUUCAGGUAAUGUACAGAAGGAUUCUGCAGCAGGCGGGUUUUAUACAGUUUGCACAACUUCAGUUCCUGGAAGCUAAAGAGCUCUUCAGAAGCGGCCAGCUUGAUGUCCGGGAGCUGAUCUCUCUCUACCCCUUCCUGUUGCCCACCUGCUCUUCAUUCACACGGUCUCACCCUCCCCUCCACGAGUAUGCAGACCUGAACCAGCUGACCCAGGGGGACCAGGAGAAGGUGGCCAAGUGCAAGCGCUUCCUCAUGAGCUACUUGAAUGAGGUCCGCAGCACGGAGGUAGCGAAUGGCCAUAGAGAAGACAUCGACACGGCGUUGCUCAAGCUGUACGCGGAGGCAGACCACGACAGUCUGCUGGACCUCCUGGUCACCGAGAACGCCUGUCUCCUAACAGACAGCGCUGCCUGGCUAGAGAAGCACAAAAAGUAUUUUGCCCUUGGACUGCUCUAUCAUUAUAAUAACCAAGACGCGGCUGCAGUGCAGUUGUGGGUGGACAUUGUGAACGGGGAUAUUCAGGACUCCACUCGCGCAGACCUGUACGAGUACAUCGUUGAUUUCCUCACCUACAGCUCCAAUCAAGAACUAGUGUGGAAGUAUGCCGACUGGGUCCUGCAGAAAAGUGAGGAGGUUGGAGUUCAAGUUUUCACCAAGAGAUCUUUGGACGAGCAGCAGGAGAACAGCUUUAAUCCAGAUGAUAUUCUCAGGUGCCUUCAGAAGUACCCGAAGGCUCUUGUUAAAUAUCUGGAACAUCUGGUUAUAGACAGGAGACUGCAGAAGGAAGAGUACCACACGCACCUAGCAGUGCUGUACCUGGACACAGUGCUGCAGCACAGGGCUGGCACCAGUGGCAAGAGCUCUGAAGUCACCGAGACACAGGCCAAGCUCCGGCGCCUGCUGCAGAAAUCCGACCUCUACCGAGUCCACUUUCUGAUGGAGAGAGUCCAGGGCGCGGGCCUGCCCAUGGAGAGCGCCAUCCUGCACGGGAAGCUGGAGGAGCACCAGAAGGCCCUGCACAUCCUGGUGCAUGAGCUGAGGGACUUCUCGGGGGCCCAGGACUACUGCCUAUGGCGCUCCGAGGGCAGAGACCCGCACUACCGGCAGCAGCUCUUCCACACGCUGCUCGCCAUGUACCUCAGCCCCGGCCCGUCCACACCCGAGCUGGCCGUGGCCGCCGUGGACCUCCUGAACCAACACGCCACAGAGUUCGACGCUGCCCAAGUCCUGCAGCUGCUGCCGGGCACCUGGUCGGUACAGCUGCUCUGCCCGUUUUUGACGGGGGCCAUGAGGGACAGUGUCCACACCAGGAGGACCGCCCAGGUGGCUGUCGGCCUGGCCAAGUCUGAAAACUUAAUCUACAAAUAUGAUAAGAUGAAGUUGAAAGGAAGCUCAGUUCGGCUCUCAGACAAAAAGCUGUGCCAGAUGUGCCAAAACCCCUUCCGUGAGCCCGUGUUUGUUAGAUAUCCAAAUGGUGGUCUCGUUCACACCCACUGUGCUGCCAGCAGACACACGAACCCCAGCUCCCCCAGCCCCGGCACUCGGACUUGAAGAGGCCACCGAGGGCGCCAGGGCGACCCCAAGUUCUUUACCCAGCCUGCUGGAAGCAAAGAGCAGAAAGCCUCUGCACUACAUCAGCCAAGACAGAGGGAUGACAUCUGGGUGCCGGGGAGACUUCAGUCACUGUGAAACCGGGACACUUCCCUGCUGACCACCCUGCAUUGAAUGUAAAAGGAAAAUCCGAAAAUAGAGACAUGCAAGAGUUCGCCCACCCAGGUACAGAGUCAUCCAAAGCAGCUGUCCACUUGGAAAGAAAAAUGAGCCUUCCCUGUGCGCUCCAGACAAACUGGACAACCCCGACCCCUAUGCCCAAUCUUCAGAUAGCCAUUCUCACUGGAAACAUUUGCUUCAGGGUGGCACAGAGGUGACACCUUCUCUCGGCCAGGUGAGUGGCCAGGGUGCAGAGUCCUGUGCGGGCGGGUUUCGCUGUCACACGUGCUCCAUCCACACAGCACAGCCACUGGUGUCCUGUCUGUUUCCAGGAUGACCUCGUGGCUCUGCCUUUGCCCUUGGCAGUGGCUGACCUGAGGGAAGUGUUUCUGUUCCUUCCUGCUUCCCCUCUGGCUCUCAGCCACAGAAAGGUUCUGCCUUGUUUACCCCAGCACUCCCUUUGGGGUAACUUUGUGUGCUUCUGGCUGCCUAGCAAGUGAAGACCUAUAAGGAACUAAUGAAGUGCAAGAGAGAAGCUGCCGCCACCCUUCCUGAAGACGACGGCAGAAAGGGAACCCGUGGUGGGGAAGGGCCCAGGCCUGUGUCGCUUCACUGUCACGUCAUCUGCUGAUCUGAAACGCCACAAUUCACGUGUGUAACUAAGAAUUUUUAUUUCAAGUUACAUCAUCUUUGUCGUUUUGCUCUUGUUUAGAAAUUAGUCUUUCGUAUUCGUGAGGGGUGUUUUUUCUUGUUAAAAUGUACCUCCUACUGAAUACUUGGGAAAUUAAAAGGGAAAUGUUAUGAGUGCAAACCGAGCAUAAUUUGGAAGAGGCCGGUUUUACCCUCACACUCUCAGCAGGGCAGGCAGUGGGUGACAGCUGCCUUUGCACGUGGCAGAGACGUCACCUUUCUUGCAGGUGAUGCCACACUCCCUCCGAGGAAGACCAGUCAGGCCACCUCACCUCCCAGCACUUUACACACCUGCUCCAAGGUGUCCUGACCACACAGGAAAAAUGCCUCUUGGUCAUCAGACUGAAAAUUCAUUUUGUGUUCCUGUCAAACGACUGAAGCUGUUGUUACUUCACUGCCCUCUUUUGAAUCUCUUCAUUUUGAUUACUGAUUCUGUUAAGGCACUAACAACAAAGACACUGUACCCCCGGCGUAGCACUUGGAAAACAAGCAUCAGUUUCUGUGUGUGCGAAGAGAGGACUGUGGUGCACUCCUUCUCCUUCAGCCUAAGCCUUACAGAGAGGUCAUGAAGAGCUCAUUCUCCGUUCUUUAAAAAAUGUUUUCUCUACUAAUAAUGGUCAGUGUUCCUUUUCCUUUUGUGAUGCUAACUGGGCCAAGAAAGCAAAGGCAUCCAUGCAUUCUUUCCUAACUAUGUCUCCAUGACCUAAAGAAUAAAUGAAGAAGUAACUCUCCUUGUGAAUCCACCAUAUGCUGUGUAAAUUGGUAACGGGUUCAAAGCCCAGUCAUGAGUUUCACCCUGUGGAUGGAUGACUGUUGUGGAAUCGUCAUAUGACUACUGUGCACACUGUCAUGACAACUUGGGAGCUUGGAUUUACUCCUCAGAGAACAUUCGCACAUGCAACAUUGCACUUUUAAAAGCACUGUCUCUCUCUACUCAAAAUGGGUAAAAUCUUGAAAAAGCCUUGCGAUUGCUCAUUCCUAACUUGAGGGCACUAGUCUUUUUUUCCUCUGAACGUUGAUCAAUAUUUGAAACAUUUGUUAUGCUUUAGAAUAAUGGGAAUUAAAGUUGUACUGUUUUCCAUCUCCACCGAAUCCUCUAAGACAGGCAGAAGUCUGUGACACUGUGCAGAAUUAUCUCCUGUGUUAAAAACCAUACCUUUGUCAAACUCCCACAAGGCUCUUAAAUCAUAUUUUUAAAAGAAAUACAUGGUUCUUACUACAGGCCUGCUGUUUUGUGACUGUGCUGUUGAAUCGAGCAACUAGAGCCCUCAAUCAGCCCUUUUUCCCCUCCCUAGGUUCAGUGUAACCAUUCUAGUUAAAACAGCAUGAAUGAACUCAGUUGACAUUAAUAUUCCACAGGCAAUACUAUUUAAUUCUAUGAACUGUUAAUCUGCUGUUGCCUACCAAGUAUUAAGGUGGGAGUGCCACCUAAGCUGUGGCACGCUGGGCCUGAGCUCAGAGCUGGAACGCCCUUGCCCAGGAGUAAAGGUGCCGGCGAGCUUCCAGAGUGCCAGGAGGCUCAGGUGGCCGCAGGGUGGCACCAUCCAACUGACGCCUGUCACACCGCUAGCGUAGCCCUUGCUUCUUGCUUGCUGUCCCUAUGGAAGCCGUUGUCCUUGCAACUUUCCCCUUCGGCCCUGGUUGGGUCCCAAAUACACAAGAUGUACAAAUGUAAACUUGUUGAUUUUAUUAAAAUUCUUGUAAUUCUUU